UUUGAGUCGCAACGUAACGUAACCGUAGCUCGCAACAAGUAGCGAUAUUUACUUUUAUUUGGAAGGAAGAUUUUCUUCUUUACGAAGUGUCCGCUUUAAAAGUUAGAAUAAAUAUGAAUAAUACGAAAAGUGGAAAAAGGGAGAGAGACAGGGGUCAACACAUCCAAGUAUUCGCACGUGUCAGACCUAUAAAUGAUUUGGAGAAGAACAAUAAGUGCAAGAAUAUAAUAGAAAUUCCAAAUGACAAAGAACUGGUAGUUCAUGAACGUCUUCACGAUAAGUUUUCAAAAAAGUUCAAAUUCGAUCAUGUAUUUGGGCCCUCAUCAAAACAGAUUGAGCUGUACAAUAUUGUUAUUAGCCCUUUGGUGGAACAAAUAUUGGCUGGAUAUAAUUGCACGGUAUUGGCAUAUGGUCAAACGGGUACUGGCAAGACAUUCACGAUGGAGGGAGACUCCGAUUUUAGUAGUACAUUAAAUUGGCAAGCUAAUGAUUGCAGCCGUUCGCACACAGUAUUCUCAAUUACGGUUCACAUGAAGGAGAGCACAAUUGAAGGAGACGACGUGUUGAAGACGGGAAAACUGAACUUGGUGGAUUUGGCAGGCAGCGAGAACGUCGGGAGAUCGGGUGCUGUCGACAGAAGGGCGAAGGAAGCUGGUAGUAUUAAUCAGUCGCUGUUAACUCUGAGUAGAGUUAUAACAGCCCUUGUGGAAAGAACACCUCAUAUUCCUUACAGGUGUAACAAAUACCCAUUUAAUCUACAUUGACUACUACGUAUAUUUAUAAACCCCUUGCUGUAUUUUAACGAGCCUGACGCAUGAUCAGAAUUUUGUACCAAACGUGAUUAUAAUUUCAUGCCGAACGUGGAUAUCACGAGUCAUACUCGUGGUCAUAAUCUCAUGAGUAACGAGAGUGUGCAAAGUUUGCUGUAAGCAUAAAGAGCAGCGAGACACGACCUAGGAAUGCGACAUUAUUUGCUUUUCUUCGCUCAUUAACUACUAAUAUUAAAGCUUCCUGUAUUCGUUCAAACUUCGUUUUCUUAGUACAUUAUAAUUAGAUAGCGAGUUUUUUUUAUGCAAAAGAAAGCAUUUAUGAUAUCAAUUUAAGAAAUGGUCUAGGUAGGAACUUGUUUAAUCCUUUAAAAAUAGUAAUAUGCAUUUGACUUUUGAUUUUGUAUCAUGAAUUUUAUUAUAGACACAUUUUCUACGUUUUCUACCGAUAUCAUUUUUCUAUAAAUGCAGCAGAACCCGCCGUCUAUUUAUAAUCUUAUUAUAUUCGUAC